GACUUCUAGAGAGCGAGGGGGACAUAUCUCCUGUGAAGAUCUGAUUUAUCCAUAUCUUAAGUAAUUGGGAGUCCUCUCUCUCACCAUAAAUCGUUUUUAGGGUUUUUUCGCGCUUUCUCGGAGUUCAAUGCCCUGUGUUUUCUUCAGCUUUCAGGGAUCUCUGGUUUACGUUGACGCAGAUCUGUUGUAAUGACUGCUAUGAUGAAUGGUUGCAAUGAGUGUUUAGAAGGGAGUAAGGUACAACUGGAUGGUAAAGGAGACUUGAAUUCCUUGCAUGAAGUACCCAUAGAGGCGAAAGAUGAUCCCAAUGCUUCUUUGGUUCAUGUUCAUGAAGUAAAUAACACUAAGGAGAAAGAGGAUCACGAAAGUUCUUAUGUUCAUGUUAAUGGAGUAAGCAAUGGUGCAAUAGAUGCUUAUGCUUGUGUAAUUACGGAGGAGAGAGACAAGGAUUACCUUGUUCCAGAUUGUGAGGUUGUAAAGAGUAAGAAUGAUUUGAUUGAGAAUGAUGGGCACGAGGAAGUCGUGGAGAGAGGUAGUAAUGUGAUCAAGAGUGUGGAUGUGAAAUUUGUAGACAGAAAGAGUGACUUGAUUGAGAACAGUGUGAAGGUGGAAGUAGGGGAGAGAGAGAGUAUCCUGACUGAGAAUUCAGUAAAUGAGGAAGCCUUAGAGAGGGAGAGCAAUGGUCCCAUAGUCGUGGAGAGAGGUAGUAAUGAGAUCAAGAGUGUGGAUGUGGAAGUUGUAGACAGAAAGAGUGACUUGAUUGAGAACAGUGUGAAGGUGGAAGUGGGGGAGAGAGAGAGUAUCCUGACUGAGAAUUCAGUAAAUGAGGAAGCCUUAGAGAGGGAGAGCGAUGGUCCCAUGAAUGAGAAGAUGGAGAGAGCAUCAGAGGCUUUGGAUAUUCAUGGUCCCGUGCAAGAGAGUGCUGAAUUGUAUCCAAACUUUGGUAGCUGCACUAAUGGCUCAUGUUCUGAUGCCAGAGCCAUUGAUGUGGAAUCAGUGCCAAAUCCUAAAACCAGCACUUGCCGUUUGUGUAUUGGGACUGAAUAUGUUAAUUUGGAGUCAGAUCCAAACCCUGAAUUAUCCAUGAAUGGCUCGGGCAUCAAGAUUGGAACUGGUAAUUUAGACUUGGGCUUAAACCCUGAAGACGUUACUUUGGAAUCAGAUCCAAACUUUAAAAUCAUUCAGUCUGAUGUUGUUAUUUUGGAAUCAGACCCAAGCUCUGGAAUCUGCAACAACGGUUCUUGUGUUGAGCCUGAAACUGCUAUAGUGGGAUCAGACCCAAACCUCGAAAUGUGCACUGAUGAAUUGUGUCUCAAGACUGACGAUGACUUGGAAUUGGAACCAACCCUUGAAAUCAUCGAGGAUGGUUUGCGUGCUGAGGCUGCAACUGUGUAUUUGGAAUCAGACCCAAACUCUGGUAUCUGCUCUAAUGGCUCAUGUUCUGAUACUGGAGCCAUUAAUAUGGAAUCAGUGCCAAACCCUAAAACCACUAGCAGUUCCUGUAUUGGAACUCAACAUUUGGAGUCAGAUCCAAAUCCUGAAUUGUCUAUGAAUGGCUCAGGCAUCAAGAUUGAAACUGUUAAUUUAGACUUGGGUGCAGACCCUGAAGACGUUAAUUUGCAGUCUGAUCCAAACUGUAAAAUCAUUGAGUCUGAAGUUGUUAUUUUGAAACCAGACCCAAGCUCUGGAAUCUACAGCAAUGGUCCUUGUGUUGAACCUGAAACUGCUAUAGUGGGAUCGGACUCAAAUCUGGAAAUCUGCACUGAUGAUUUAUGUUUCAAGACUGAAACUGAUAAAUUGGAAUCAGAACCAACCCUUGAAAUAAGCGAGGAUGGUUCGUGUGCUGAGACUGGAACUGCUAAUUCAGAAGCUGACCCAAAACCCAAAGUCUGCAAUAAUGGUUUGUGUGUCGAGACUGACAAUGUUAAGUUGGAAUUGGAACCAAAGCCAGAAAUCUCCAGAAGUUUUUUAUGUGUUGAGUCUGAAACUCCUCCUCUGGGAUCAGAACCUUCCCCUGUAACCUGCACAGAAGUCUUGUGUGUUGAGAUCCAAACUGUAAAGUUGGAAUUGGAUUCAAGUCCUAGUGGUUCCUUUGUUAAGUCUGAAGCUGUUAAUUUGGAACCAAUGUCAAACGCAGAAAUCUGCGAGAAGGAAGCUGUUGAUUUGGGAUUAAACCAAGAAGGACCUGGCACGGAUUCUAAGGAGGUGGGAGUGCAAGGCAUGGAGAAUGCUGAUGAAGAGUUAUUGGUGGCACUGCCUGUUUCAGAGGAAAAAGAUCAGUCAUUACAUUUGCCUGUCGAUUCAACGAAAGCUGACUCGGGUUCUCCCAAAGAUCACGAGGGGAAUUCGAUUGAAUCCGUGGAACUUCCCGAUUCACGUUAUGAUGAAGAAUUUCCAGUGCUGGCUAGAAUUGCUACAAAACGCAAAAUGCAAUUCAAAAGGUCUACUUGGACUCCAAAGCAUUCAGCUAGUCUUGGCAGUAACAUUGAUGGUUUGAACUUGGACACCCCUCCCCUUGAAUCACGUCUGAUUAAGAAUUGUGAGCCUGUUUUGAAAUCAGAAGCUAAAGUUGUUUCUGAUGGGGAUCACACUGUGGAAUCAGGAUUUGCCAAUUGUGGUCUGAAGAGUUCAUCUCCUGACCUACCGGAAGAACCAGGAAAUAGCCCAUCUUCUGUCUCUUCCCAUUGUAAACAGUUGACUAGCAGAGAUCCUGUUGACAAUGGAGACGCUCUUCCAUUAGGAGGAGCGUCAUCUGAGAAGCCUGAUGCUUCUGCUGCUUCGCAAGAAUCAUCAGAAUCUAGAGUCGUUCCUGACAGUGAUACAGGCUCGUUCUCCUCUGUUACGCCUGAAAGUUCAGAUGGGGUUCCUGUUGCUCUUUCUGGGGAUGGACAUAUGGGGGUCGAUACAGUAGCAGGGCCUAGAAGGAUGCCAUUUUUCAUGGUAAAGGUCCCCAAACAUUUCGACAGUGAAAUCAUGGCAAAGAUAACCCUCGCCAAGUCUCAGCUUGAGGAGAGAACUCAAAGUAGGGAUUGCAUAGGAGCAGCAAAGAAAUCAAGGAAGGAUAGUCGUGGUGAAUCUUUUGAAAAAUUGAAUGCUGCAAGGGCAGGAAAAAGAGAGGCACAUGAUGCGUUGGCUGCCAAAAACAAAGAGCUGACACAUGUUCAGUCGCUAAUCAGACAGAUAGAAUAUACAACUGCUUUUGGGAGAUAUGGUGAAGAGAUUUCUUCAAUGGAACACAGGAUUGAGCAUGAAACCAUGCCAUUGACAGAAGAGAAGCAGCUUCUAAAAGAUAUCAAGAAAUUGAAGGCUAGCCGGGAAAGUGCCCGUGCAAAGGCAGAGCCUGGCUUAACAGUUCAGGAUGCCUUGAAACAAAGGAAGCAACUUGAAGAACAGAUCGAGCUUCUGAAGGAGGAGAUUGAUGAGCUCAGAGGAUUGGUUCGACAAGCUGAAAAUAAUGUCAAGGCUGUUGAGAAACUGCAUCAUGACAUGUCUGAAGAUAUGGGACAGAUACAUAAGCAGUAUGCUGCUGCAGAUGAAGCUCGCCAACAAGCUUAUAUUAAUCUAACAAAUUUGAGAAAUCAAGAGCGCAGUAUGAAUAAGGAAUUCUUCAAGUACAAAGAAGAUUUUCAUAUUGCACAGAAGUAUGACUUGGCAAAAGAUAGAGAAGCGCUGCAAAAAUUUUGCUACAAUCAGGUUGAGCGUCUUAUGCAUCUUUGGAAUAAGGAUGACGAGUUCCGAAAACGUUACAUUAAAGCCAAUGAAAGGAGCACGGCGAGGCGGUUUAAGACCCUUGAUGGAAGAUCACUUGGUCCUGAUGAGAAGGCUGUUGUGCUCCCAAAGCCCAUUGAUAAUGCAAAUCCUAGAGUUUCAUCUUUGGCUCCAAAUGCUGCUCUUCCUCUUCAAAAAGACGAACCAUGCCUAACUUCUCAAAAUAUGAAUGAUAUGACUUCUAUUGAAGUUAUAAAUGAAAAGAAGGUUUUGGGGAAGGCAAAGGGAAAGAAAGCCAAGGAUGGCGAUUCUUUCGAAGCCGUAGCCACAGACAUUGUCCCCGAAAGGAGCGAAAGAGAAGAGGAGGCUAGUGAGAGAGAGAAGAGAAGGUUGAAGGAGGAAGAAGAAGAUGCAAGGAUAGCUGAGGAGUUGAGGAAGGAGGAAGAGGCGGCUAAGCUCAGAGAGCAGCGCCGACUAGAGGAGAUUGCAAAGGCCAAGGAGGCAGAGGAAAGGAAGAAGCGCAAGGCUGGGAAGGACAAGGCGAGAGCUGAAGCAAAAGCUCAGAAGGAGGCCGAGGAGAAAGCCAAGAAAAAGGAGAAGAGAAGGAAAAAGUCUUCGGCUCACGAACGUGCAAUGGCCUCAAAAGACAACAACAAUGAAGAGGAGAGCUCCCCCUCAUCUUCCUCCAGUGUGGUUCUCGAAACCAGCCCAUGUCCAGACCCUGAAAGGAAUGAAGAUCAGGCCACCACAAAACCAAAGAGGCAGCCUGUAAAACCAGUUGCAAAAGAGGUGAAAUCGAAGCCUCUGGUUUACCCUCCAUUUAGGAAGAGUAAGAGGAGAAUGCCAAAGUGGCUUUGGUCUAUUCUCGCCCUUGUGUUGUCACUCAUCAUUGGGGCGCUUGCUUUUGACGUGCCCCUAUCCAUCCUUCCAUUUUAAGCUUGUUGGGUGCUUUAUGUUGCUGAGAAAAUAGAUCUCCUAUAGUGGGUUUGCUCUCUCUCAUGAUGAUUGUUAUGGGGUUGAUCCUCUCUCUCUCUCUCUCUCUAUAAUAUCGUUAUAGGUUGUUCUCUGUGAUACUUUAGGCAUACGAUUGAAAUUUAUUUUGUAGGAACUGUUGUGGCAUUCAUUACUUCAACUUAUUAUCAAAAUUAAAUAAAUGUUAAAUUUUCUAUCCACCAUUC